AUGGCCACUAAUCUUGUUGGCGAUCCUGAUGACCCUGAUCUCGUAUUAUCGCAUCUACUGGAGGCCAAUUCGAGGCCUCCCGGUGGUGGGGUUGGAAGCAGUGGGAUGGCGUCGUUGGCGCGCCGGGAAUUUCUAUACUACCAACUCGCAGGCGGUACUCAAGGAGGGUCUCUCACGAGUAUGAAAGAAAACACAAAACACACCAAUGUACCGGGAGCGACCGCCGCUGACGUGCCCCUAAAGGAUCAACCUUUCCAAGUGAUGACACAUAAAGGUCCCAAGAUCAUCCUCCCACCGCGUUACGUUGGCGAAGUCCAAAGCGACCGUCGUCUGUCCCUGGACAUCCCCAAUGAGGAUGACUUCUUUGUCCAGUGGCCAGCAUUCUCCCCGCAGGCCGCAUUCACGGACAAACACGUGCUCGUGGAUACCAUCAACAAGAAAUUAACGCCGUCGCUGACUCGAAUCACGGAGCCUGUGAAUGAAGAGAAUGAGCUAGCGAUCAGGACGCUCUUCCCGCCCACCCCGGAAUGGACGCCGAUCCAGCUGGUAGACCAAUUGUUGCUCCUGACGACACAGACGUCGUCGCGCAUAUUCUUGGGCCUACCGACUUGUCGGGAUCCGGAGGUCAUUCGAAUCAUGCGGGACUAUUCGGCCGAGCUUGUGGCGGCGUCCCAAGUCAUGAUGACGUGGUCGGCGGUGUUGCGACCGCUGGUGUACCUGUGCCAUCCGACGGUACGAAGGCUGGCCCGGACAGUCAGCUCAGCGCGGUCCAUCCUGGCGGCCGAAAUCCGGCGACGAAACCUGGCCUCUGGACAAUCUGACAAGAAGGCCGGGUUAGAGCGAAGAUUUGACUCGCUGGAGUGGAUGGCCCAGGUCGCCCAUGGCAAGAAAUUCGACCUGGUCGGAGGGCAAUUGAGUCUUGGCUUUGGUGCCAUCCACACGACGUCCCACACCCUGACCGAGGUCUUCUACGACAUCAUCGACCAUCCGGAACUGGUAGACGAGCUGAGAAAGGAGAUCAUAAACUGCUUCCGGGAGGACGGCAGCUGGAGCAAGAACACCCUCUACAGGAUGAAACUCAUGGAUGCUGUCAUGAAGGAGAUCCUGUUCCGUCGCGUGGCCUUGGAAGACGUCACCCUGAGCGACGGCACUGUCCUCCCUCGCGGAGUCGAGGUCAACAUCCCGAACAUGCACAUGCGCACAGACGAAUUGUACCCUCAUGCGACCAAAUUCGAUGGCAAACGCUUCCUGAACCUCCGACUACAAGCGGGUAAUGAAGCCAAGUACCAGUAUACCACGACGGGACAGGCGAGCAUGGGUUUCGGCCACGGUGCACACGCAUGUCCGGGACGGUUCUUCGCCAGUAAUGAGAUGAAGCUGAUGCUUGCACACUUAUUGAUGAAGUUUGACUGGAAGUUUGUAGAUGGGAAGAGACCGCAAGACCACAAUGUGGCGGAGCAGAUGAUCCUCGACCACGAAGUCAAGAUUCUGUACCGGUCGCGCGAGAGCGAAGUGGAAUUUGUUCCGGGUACGAGCGUCGGUCCAUGA